AUGUCCGAUGGCGCUCGGCGCGUGAGCCACAGCGACGGAUCCGAUUUCGUACCUAAACGCCCAAAGUUUGGUAGUGCCAGCGUCACCGUCGGUGGGGCUGGGCCCUCUCGAGUUCUGACGCCGUCGCCGAUCGUCCCGGCACAGGUCACGCCUACUCGCGAGCUGGCUUUCUUCGUCCGUCCUUAUAAUAUCUCCCAUUCUAAGGCUGUCCCCAUGGGCGACGAAUACGAUCGAGAAUUCAAUACUCCGGGAUCCGACCCUAUGAUAAUCACGGCCGCAUGCCAAUUUCAGCCGGCGCCUGUUGAUCUCCACCUUUUGCAUGAGAUCAUUCACAGCUACCUCUUCAUUGUCUGUGGCCUCAAGGCUCGCCGUGAAGGCGGCCAUACUGAGGGCUUCCGUCAAAUCGCUACCAUGAUUGACAAGUGGGCCGGCCCUGAGCAUCUCCGCCUGCAGGAGAUGGAAGCCGAUUUGGGAAGUUACCUGACGGACCAGAGCAAGCCCGCUACCACGCAGGUAGUUUUACAGCGGCCUGUGAUGGAACAAACCUUCCAGCAUCAGCCUGCCCAGCAGCCGUCUCAAUGGGGUGGCCAUUUUCCCGAUGAGAUGCACGGGGACACUCGAACCACCCGCUAUAGCUCCCUCAACCCCAGCGCGAAUAUGCCCAAAGCCUAA